GGAAGUGUCAGGUUGGACGCUCUAUCCUCACAGACUGCGAGCGGACGGUUCCUGGGUGGCGUGUUGUGGCCCGGGGGGAGCGCAGCGUCACGUGACAUGGCCGAAUCCUCCGGGACGGCGGUGGGGGGAGGAGCCGCGUCCAGUACGGUGACCACUGAGAGCGAGGCCCAGCCGGAGCCGCGCUCACUGACACUGAAGCUUAGGAAGAGGAAGCCGGACAAGAAGGUGGAGUGGACGUGUGACACCGUAGACAAUGAGAACCUGGGGAGGCGCUCUUCCAAAUGCUGUUGCAUCUACGAGAAGCCGAGGGCUUUUGGGGAAAGCUCCACCGAGAGCGAAGAUGACGACGAGGGCUGCGACAGCUCCCACUGCAUCCGGGGCCACAAGAAGAAAACACCCGGGUCCGGAGAGGGCCCGCCACCUUCAAGCCACGAGAACUCCGGCGCCAUGCAGCACUGA